AUGCUUCGCCCUCUUUUAUGCGCUGUACCGGUUGCUACCUCUGGAGCACAGCGCAGCACACGCCCCUGCCACCUGAGCGUUUGGAUGGGCGUCUGCUGCGGCAAAGAUUCAACGGCCCCCGUGCCGGAGGAGGGGGUGAAGGUCACCCCUCCGGGAGGACGGGCCGGCGCGGAUGCUCCCGCAUUGAAUGCUCUCCCUGACCCUUCCACAUCCCCCCGCACCCCACCCGGACCAUCGGAGGGCGAUACCGCCACCGUAGCUUCCGUGCUGUCCACCUUUGACAACACGGGCAAAGUCGGUGCUGAGUGGAGGCUCGAGCGUGGCGACGGAUCUGAUGAGUUGGGAAGGGGCACGUGGUCUUCCUCGCACGUACGAGUCUGGCGCCGGCGCGGCGGCGUGUCAGGCGAGACUCUCUUGCGCGAUCUCACCAGCACCAUGUGGUGGUGGCGGUCGCCGCCCUACAACGCCAGUGAUGAGCACGACUCAGAAGGUGCCUCGUCGGACGAGUGGGUGCUGCUGCGCCAAGUCCUGUGCACGCAUCCUCUCUUUGCCAUCUGCCGCCAUGAUGCGUGGAUACUGCACGAAAUCAUGGAUGCCUUUGAGCGGCACGAGACACAGCCCGGGGAGGUGAUCGUAUCGCCAGGCGACACCUGCGCUUUCCACGUUGUGGUGAUGGGCAAAGCUCUGGCGGACGUUGACGAUUACGGUGCGAUGACUGUGCAAGAGAAGGGCCAGCGACAGGAGUGGACUGCCGGGGACUACUUUGGUAGUGAGGGUCUUCUCUACAUCUUGCAUCCCGGCUAUGAGGGUGCAGCGGUGCGCGCCGAGGGCACGCCCGAUGCAUCUUUGCCCACUGUCACGUGGCGGCUGAGUCGCGUUCUCUACCAGCAGUUCAUGCGCACCUUUCAUGAUCCCGCGCACCUCCAGAUCAUCAAAUACCUUUCCCAGUCGCCGCUCCUUCAGCAUCUGUCUCGUGCGCAGAUACGACACCUCUGUGAAAAGGCAGAGGUUGUGACACGCGAAAUAUCAGCGCGUGUCUUGCAGGUGGGUGUGGUGCCGACGGAUCUCUUUCUUUUGAUUUCCGGCACCGUGACUCUCGAGCACGAGCCGCGGCACGGUGGUGGGAACCCAGACGUCGCUCACCUGCCGACCGCGGUUUUCGUCGCCGGCGACUGCGUCGGCGACGCCGAGCUUCUCUUCCACCGCGUAGCAGCCGAGAAAGAAAGCACUGAUGCCUCGAAGAGGCUGACGGUGAUGCCUUCCUGCUACACGUACACGGUACAACAGCCGGCACAGUUGAUCUGCAUCCCUAUUGAGGUCCUGCUCGCCGUGCUUUCAUGGGACGAUUUGCAGCACAUGCGGGAUCGCAGUCGCAACGUGCGAGAGAUGGAGCUACAUCAGGUGCAAGUGCAGGAUGAUCUGCGCAACCUCAAGGCGCAGUGUUUCCUGUCGAACCUCUCCGACACUGACAGCAACAGCAGCAUGCAUGCUCCGGUGUUGCAGGGAGGACCUGGUGGCGCUGCGUCUCCGCUGUCUGGGGAGCUCUCGCACGACUCCUCGCAGGAUGUAUAUGCCAAGGGCCCCGAUGCGACGGCCUUCUUCCUCGAACAGAUAUUUCCCCGCCAGACAUAUCGACGCGCGGACGGGCGGGAACGUGGCCUCUCCAUAGCCAGCUUCGCCCCGCACCAGCGGUACCCAGCUGGAACGGUUCUCUUCCGCGUUGAGUACGCUGCGGAUCACCACAGUGUGGUGCGUGCAGGCGGAGGAGUGUCGCCACAUCGUGAAGAAAACGGUGAAGGGAGCACAGCAGACUCUUCUACAGCUGCGACACCUCCAGAGGUCCCGGGGCGUCUCUACGCUAUCGUCUCCGGCGAGAUCACGGUCGUGAACAGCGAUACUGGCGAGCCCGUCUACCGCGUAUUCCGCGGCAACACGCUUGGCGAAGAGACACUGCUUCCUCCGCUGCGGUGCCGCUCCGCGACGACACCCCUGCGCACGCACGCGGUUGUCUCCAGCUCUGAUGGGUGCGAGGUGUUUGAGCUCAGCCGGCGUGCGUUCAAGGAGUUCCUGCAGCGACCGUACUGCGACGCACUCCGCGACUUCUGCGAUUGGUUCUCUGUCUCCCCAUUCAAGGGGUGCCUUCCUGAAACUUGCUGGCGCUUUCUGUUCAACUGCACGACGGAGCGUGAGGUGGUCGGCAGCGACCUCAUCGGUCUUCGUGGAGCAUCCUGCAAGUACGUCUCCCUCAUUUUCGACGGCCAAAUCGGCGCCUACGUCAGAAGCAGUGUUUCGGACAGUGGAGAGAAACAAGAGAACGAGGAGGAGACGUCGGUGGCGUCGUUUUUGGCGGGCGACAUCAUCGGCGGGUGGGAGGUGAUGGAGGGGCGCCCCUUUCCAGUAGCGUACGUGUGUGAGUGCCGUGCACGCAUCCUGUGCGUUCCGGCCGAGUCCUUUCCCAGCCUCUUCCGUCCGGCGAUGCUCUAUCUGCAGUUUCUAUGGUCCCAAGAGCGCUAUCAAAGGGUCAUGGCCGUGUCCUCUGUAGAGGGCUGA